AUACUGGCUGGUAUCCAUCCAACGAUAAAGCGUGCAGCAUCUGAGUUGGCGGCAUGCGUUUAUGAAAAUCGUCUACCAGAUCCCCAAACAGGAGGGUAUUACCUCCACGGCUUCUCGGCCUGUGUAAAUGAAAACGAAACACAAAAGCUCGGCGGGCUGUACAAGACCAUACUCAUGAGCGCUCAGUCCCCAGCCGCUGUACUUGCCAAACUCUGCCAGGCAUUGACUGAGAACCAGCUCCCGCGGUUCUUUAGCACGCAUGGUUGGGGUUCCUUCCGAAGCGACUUACCACACCUAGAGAUCUUCUUCACGACACUGAUCCUAGAGCGACCCACUGUAUUUCGCCUGGUCCAGUUCCUCCGGUCUAGGAGCGAUGAUAAUCCCCGGCGGGUACUGAUCCGAGAUUGUGGAUUCCAUCGUUGCAAUGGGCGCGAGGAAGUGGAGGUCUUAAAGGAUAUUUACCGUGCAACACUGGACCGAGUCAGCCGUUUCCGCUUGCACAACGCGUGCGUGAACAAUCAGAUCCUCCAA